AUGGUGCCAGAGUCGGGGCAGCAGCAGGAGCUCGGGCAGCGAAGCAGCCCUUCGGUCGCCGCCGAUCAGCCCCUCCUGGCCGUCGCCCGGGCGGCCGCGAGGGCGGCGCUGUGGGAGGAUGCUCUCGGCUGCUUGCUCCAGGUCCGGAGGGCCGGCUGCGCCUCGCACGUGGCCGCCCUCCGCGUGGCCGGGCGCGCGUGCCUGAGGGGCCGCCAGUGGCAGGCCGCGCUGUCCCUCUUUGCCGAGCUGCGUGGCAGCGUGGGCGCGGGGGAUAGCACGUUCCUGGCCAACCUCGUGGCCGGGGCGUGGGCCGCCGGGCGCCAGUGGUGCGGGGCGCUGGGUGUCCUUGCGGACCUGCGGGCGGACCGGGCGCACGAGGUCCUGCACGUCGCGGCGGCAGCGGCCUGCGCGCAGGCACGGCGGUGGGCGGAGGCCCUCCACCUCCUGGCCGCCGAGAUGCCCCGCCGCGCGCUGCGCCCCGACCCGCUCGCGCUCGAGGCGGCGCUGCGCCGGCGCGGCGGGCGUGGCACUGGCGUCGCGGACCGCGCGCUGUGCGCCGCCGACGGCCUGGGCGCACGGCUCGCCAGGGAGGAGCUGGCGCCGCCGCGGCGGCCGCCACCGCGCCGGGCGCUUUCCGCUCCUGCUGCGUCUCGCCCUGCUGCCGCUGCUGCUGCGCCUUCUCUUCACUGGGGGGUGCUAUACCACUGCCUCGAAGUGUCCCGUGACCCCGAGGUUCGCAGGCGAGAACAGGGUUUUCCUCACGAGUGCUUGCGUUUGUUAGCAGACGUGUAUGAGAACACGACAGGCCAGGUGCAGGAUAGCGGCACCUCCCAGCAGCUCUUCGGGAUCCCGCUCAACAACAUCGCCUUCGUUCCGGCCUUCCGCGGGGCGUCCAAAGACGACAGGGCCACCGCCAACGACGUCGCGAGGACAGGCAGGGUCGGCCAUUUUCUUAAGGCCAAAGCGUCAGCCACGCUCGACAUCCCUGUCUCUGGCGCCGACAUUCAGGCCCUACGCGCAACGACGCCCCCCGCCCCCCACGCCCUGGUCGCUGACUUGCGGGACUACCACCCAACGCUGGACGACAAAUUGAUGAACUUUGUCAAGGAAUACGGCGCCGACGUUCCCGCCCCGAGCGACCAGGAAACCUCGUGGUCGGCUCGCCAGCUCGCCCCCUUCCUGCGCGAGGUGCACGGCCCGGAGGUCCCCGACAGCGGACUCCCUGUUGGCGCCGCUUGGGGAGGCAAGAGGGGGCAGAGCCCCUUCCGCCGCGACCUCGCCGUCCUCGCCGGCUUCAGUGCCAGCCUGAACUUGAGCACUCUCGCGAACACCUUCAUCGCUACCUUGGCGGAGCAGGGCCCCUCGGCCCCAUGCGCUUGCGAAGCCAACGCCCGGCCUCCGGGGGAUUCCACGACUGCCUGGCUGCAGCCGGACCCCGGGCGCAUAGCGGGAUCGGCGCGCGACGCCCCCCAAGCCACCGCUGCCCCCAUGUACGGCGCAGCCAGCAGAGACGUUUGGCUUUCGGCGCCCCGGGCAGACCACGCCCACCUGGUGACAGGCAGCCUCGUCUCGGAGGCGACGAUGGGGCCGUGGCUGCCCGCGGGGGCGAUCGGCGGCCCCGUGAAGAUGCCGAAGCAGCUCGUAGCAUACCGCAUACCGCCGUGUUGCUGGGCUUGGAAAAGCCGCCGCCUGCACCAUGGGUGCGACGGCGUGGCCGCAGGGGUAGUCCACGUAGGAGAGUUGCCGAAGCCGCAGGGGAAGCCCUCGAAGGCGAAUGGCAACCCCGUGUGGAUGCCCGGCACCGUGGAGUAUUCCAGCGAGGGGUCCCCGGGCGUGUCCCAGCAGGCCGCCCCGGCCGCGGGCCAGCCGGCAGGGCGGGCGAGCCCGGGCCUGACCAAGGCCGACGGGGCGCGCUCCGACAGGGUACGUACGUUUAUGCAGUUGUUCUACAGGGGUUGCCCUGUGAAGGUGGUCGUCCCCCGCAGUUUCAAACUGCUCGACGAGCUGGAGAGGGGUCAGAAGGCGGAGCGCGCGAGCCAGGUCUCCUGGGGCCUCGCCAGGGACGACGACGCGACGCUCACGGACUGGAACGGCACCAUAUUCGGCCCCAUCGACACGGUGUUCGACAACCGCAUAUAUUCGCUGGCCAUCGUCUGCGGGCCCAACUACCCGGACGAGCCCCCGGUGGUGAAGUUCACGGUGCCCAUCCGAUUGAGCUGCGUGGCCGCCGACGGGUCGGUGCUGCCAGGAUGGCAUUGCUUGGCCAACUGGAGGCGCGAGUGGACCAUAGAGAACGUCUUGGACAACCUGCGAAAAGAGAUGACCAGCGCGCAGAACCGGCGGCUCCCGCAGCCCGCGGACGCCCCCGAGGCGCCCAGCACCGGCAAUGGCGGCACCUGGGGCCUGAACAACUUCGGUUUCGAUUGA